ACAAACCGCACAACACUGGAGCAGUUUCACUUUUCCUCCAGGGCUUGUAAAGGCUGACGAUCUCUGAGAGCUGAGGACAAACCGAAACGCUUACAAGAUGGCAGAGGCAGGCAGGACGGUGAGGGUGAGCGGUCUGCCCACGGACAUCGAGGAUGCGAGGCUGAAAGAUAAACUCUUAAUCCACUUUCUCAGAGAGAGAAACGGAGGCGGGGAGAUCGAUGCUGUCGUCAUCGUCAAGGCAACGCCGGCCGCUGCCCUCAUCACCUUCGAGGAUGGAGGAGUGGCACAGAGCGUUAUUCAGCACAGCUGGCACAUUCUGGAAGUGGACGGGAAGAAAUACAAACUCACUGCAACCGAGCAUCGAGAAAGCUUGGACCCCGACCAGGUCAUCUUAAGUUUAUCAGCAACUGUUGACUACAGUAAGCUCCCAGGAGGAAUCAUGGCACUGACAAGCAUCCGUAAGAGCCACCCUGACGUCCAGAUAAACUACUCUGCCACUGAGGGCUGCUGUACACUGUGUGGCUCCUACGACAAAGUGCAGGCCGCCUUGGCACAAUUGCUGGGAGGCCCAGAGUCAGCAGAAAGCCAAGAUCAACCUGCCCUCAGUGGCAAUUCUUCUCUUCAGACAGCACAAAAGCCUCAGGAGUCCGAAGAUCAGAGCAGGAAACCCAAUAAGCAACGAGAAAAACAUCCCACUAACAGGCCCUCUGAAGAGUUCAGCUCAGGUUUAAACAGAGAUCUCACACCUGGAGGUUACGACUGGGAGGAUACCGGGCAGAUAGACGGUGCAGCUAUGCAGCUUCCUCCCACCUCAGAGGAGGAUUUCUCACUUAUCCUGGAUGCAGACAUGUUCCUGUAUCUGCGGAAACACUGCCAGAAGGAAUACCAGCAGAUCCUGAGCCAGUAUGGCGUUGAGGUGGUGGAUAUGACAUAUCAGGGUUUGUCCACUUUGUUUCUGCAGAUCGCAACAGCAGACAGGGAAGGCGGUCGAGAGCAGGAACGCUUGAAGCUGGCGAAAAAGGCAAUAAGUCGGCUUUACGAGGAGAACGAGACCAAGAUCCGAAGAGCUCAACUCCCAAAGUCCAUCCUGUCCCCCAGGGGAGGACUGCAAAGGGCAUUGGAGAACUUAAGCAUCAGACUUCCCAAGAUUCUUCUGAAUGAGGACGAACGAAAUAUUUACAUUGUUGGGAGCAGCAGUGACGUGUCCGACGCCAAACACUUUCUUCUCCUGGACCACAUUAAAGUGAGAGAAAAGAAAGAGGAGGAUGUAGGCAGUCUGCUUAGAUUUCCUUCGUAUGAUUCAGGUUCGUCAGCUUAUGCAAGUGAGGAAAGAAUCCCCUUCACGACUGUAGGAUCUUUUGAAGAUCCAAUGCUGAGGUCAGAGGAAGAUGAAAAAAGAGCUGAAGGUGCCAGAAGGUAUAAACUAGCAGCACGGUUUAAGGAUUCAGGUCUGGCUGCAUUAGGCAGUCGACCAACAGACUUCACCUUGCGAUCAAACCCAUCUUCUAUCAGACAAACACGUCCUGGACCGAUGCUAGGACACGAUGUUCUGUCAGAACCAGCAGAGAUUUCUGGUGAAGCAGUCUCCAGAGCCCAAAACACCGGAGAGGACAUUUUAUUUAAGAGUGCUUUGCCUUCGUCUGCCUCUACACAGAGUAAAACCUCUUUGGAUCUAAUGGAUGUUCGACCAAAAACUUCCCCUUUAAGUCCUUUAUCUCCACCGGUUGGAUCUGGAUCUGGCUUGAAGCGAGCCAGUAGUUUCUCAGGAACGCCUCAGCAGAAAGCCCAACUGACGACUCAAAGGAGUCAAGAUGAUUCCAGCAAAUCCACAGUCCGAUCCAGGGGCAGGUCUUCUAGCUUUAGCACCCAAACCGGACGGGAAAAGAUGGAAAUCUGUAGCGCAGAGCUUACAGUCCCCUUGAUAAUGUGGCAGCACAUAAAAGAAGCCUACAACACCCGGGUGGAGAACCUGACUUCUGAUGUCCAGAUGAAAGAAAGCCGCCCAGAUGGAAGCAGGGAUUUGACGAUUACCUUACGAGGGGCAGAUUCAUCAAUAGUGAAGUUGUGUCAGUUCGGUUUGCAGAAGCUAAUUGACUCGGUUGGUUUGGACUUUUCUGUGCAGGAGCUUCGCCUGUCGGAGUUGGGAAUCACCGACACAGCAGAUGAAACCUUACAGGCUUGUUGCUCCGAAGUACAAAGCCGUUUCAAGAAGGUCACUAUUAAGACAUUGAAGAAGAGCUUAUACCUUCUUGGUCCGAAACAGUUGUGUUCUCAGGUUGGUGCCACACUGAGGGAGGUGUUUUCUGGAGAUUUGGCUCAAGCACCUGAACAGCACCACCUCUCCAGCCCAUCCAGCUCCUCAAGUUCUUUACAAAUGAAUGAGGAUCAAAUCACCGGUCAUUCUCAGGUGAUGCUGGAGAACCAAACAGCUGAAGGGACUGGUAGUAGUAGGAGUCAGGAAUGGAAAACGACUUAUAGAAGCGAUUUCGGUGAGAAAGAAGUUGUAAAUGGAUCUGCCAGUCAACCGCCAGUGAGGAAAGACUAUGUCAUUAAGGAGAAAGUGAAAAUUACUGGUACAGUGGAGAAUGAUGGACAGAAAAUGGAGUCAUUCAUCAAUCACGCUGCAGCAGGAAACCAUAAAGCUACGGAACGAGUGAAUGGUGUCGGGUCGACGGCAACCUCUAGCGAGAAAGAACGAAUCCAGAUAGACGAUGCAGGGCAAAGAAAAGAAACCGAGAUCCAGAACGUUUGCAUCUGUGUGUGCGGGCAGAAUGGCACGUCCAUGACGAGGACCAAAUGUGGGGUCACCAUGUGCCCAAAGUGCCUGGAGACGGUCCACACCAACUGCAGAGUUUGUCCAGAGCCAGAACAGGUACCUCGGGGCAUCCAGGGCAAAAUGAUCAGAUCCAAACUACAGAUGAGUGUACCGGGUCACAAAAAGGGCGGUACUAUCAAGAUCACUUACCGCAUUCCUGAUGGUAUCCAAGGGGAGGGUCACCCGUCUCCUGGGAAGCCUUUUAAAGGAGGCACAUUUGAGGCCUACCUUCCUGACAGCGAGAUGGUGAAGAAGCUGCUGCCCAGGCUGGAGAAAGCCUUCAGGCAGGGACUCACCUUCACCGUGACGAGCAAAGACGGCGAGGCCAAGGUCUCCUGGGACUGCAUCCCCCACAAGACCAGCUUGCAGGGAGGCAAAUCAGGGAACGGAUACCCAGAUUCUACUUACCUGACGCGCUUGUCUGAGGUUUUGACGUCAAAUGGGAUUGAGGAUCCAGCAGCCAAGUCUCAAGAAUAAGAAGGAAAAGGCAGAGAAGGAAUUUCAGUUUUGUUUUUUAAAAUAUAUAUAUUUUAAUCUUUACGUUUAAAGCAAUUUGCACUGUCUUUGUAUUUUGAUUCUGAUGUUGCAUUUUGAUUAUGUAUCCACAUGGCAACUGACACCUCUUGCUGCUAAGGGGAUAUACUGUGGUUUUUAAACAUUUUAUAACCUUUUUUAGUAUUUCUUCUUGUAAGAAAGUUGUUACAGUGACCAGUCAUUAAUGUGUGCUUUAUUUCACACAGCAUUCCUGAGCAUUUUCUUAGUAUUUCAACCAAUUUUUUGUAAAAACUGCAUUUUAUUCUGUAUAUUGAGCACAUUACAGUACAGAUGAUUUUUUUUACCGUCCUGUGUGGUUGCAAUCAUGAUAUAGUUUUUAAAAAAUGUUUAAGAUUUGUAGAAAUCUCAGUUUCCAAUGAGUACACAAAUAAAAAAACACAUUCCCUGUC